AUGUGGUUAAAUCUAAAUUUUCAGCUUGAGACCGACACUUCAAAAGAGCUGUUUCACUUCGUGGUCAAACGAAAGUCAACAGGAACUCAUCUUUUUGACACAUCGAUUGGUGGUCUGCUAUUUUCUGACAAAUUUAUUCAAAUUGUUACUCAGUUACCUUCGGAUGCUAUGUAUGGGUUGGGAGAAAAUGUUCAUCAAACGCUUAAGCAUGAUUUUUCCACAUACCUUACUUGGGGAAUGUGGGCAAGAGACGAGGCUCCCUAUUCAAAGGGAGUCGACACGAAAAACCUAUACGGAGUGCACCCCUUCUAUAUGGUCGUGGAACCCGAUGGUAAAGCUCACGGAGUAUUUAUCCUCAACAGCAAUGCUCAGGAAUUCACAACAGCACCGGGUCCCACGAUAAUCUAUCGUGCAAUUGGUGGUGUUUUGGAUUUGUACUUCUUUCCGGGACCAACCCCUGAAGAAGUUACGCAGCAAUAUCUCUCCUUUAUCGGAACCCCUGUUCUCCCGGCUUACUGGGCGCUUGGAUUCCAGCUGUCGCGUUAUGGCUACAAGAAUUUGAAUGAUUUGAAGGAAACGAUUGCUAGAAACAGGAAGAAAGGUAUCCCUCUUGAAACGGUUGUGGUCGACAUUGAUUACAUGGAUCGAUGCAAAAUCUUUACCAUCGGAAAGGUAUGUUCUGAAGCUUCUAACUCAUUAGUGAUCAACGAAAGGAAAGAUAUCCAAUGUGGAGUAUUGUUUUGUUUGGAAAGUCCAGAACCAUUUUCAAGUGAGAAGUGUCCGUUGCUAAAGCCAUCAGUGGUUUCCUAUAUGUGUGAAUUCGAGGGACUACCGGAGUAUUUGAAUGAAGUGCAGAGCUGGGGCAUGCGCGUGGUGCUCAUUUACGACCCAGCAGUUCAAGUAAAUGACGGCGCUUUCGAGAGAGCGUUGAAAAAGGAUCACAAUGAAUACGUACACUUUGCGGCUUCGCCAGAGUUUGAAGAGUUGCAAAUGCGUCUUAGGUUCACAACAAUUACCUAA